AUGUCACGUGACCACGAUUUUGCCGUAGUCUGUUUACAUAAGCAAGGAGUGCAUCCAAUCAGCGAUUGGAAAUGUGGCAGCUGGAUCGGAGUCCGUUCUCUGUCUCCGCCGACGCAUAUUCGAGGUUCUUCUUUUCCAGCGCCUCCAUCGACAACAUAUAAAAACCAGCAACCUAUCAACCUUCCUACCGCUGAAUCGAUUUUUAUCAAAGUACACCUUACCUCACUUCUUUUCCAACGAAAAUACACAACCAAAAUGCCUCGUCAACGCCGUGGCGCCGCCCCUGCGCCUACCCCUGCGCGCAGCGCUCCCACCAGACCUACUGUCGCUCCCGCAAGACCGGCUGCUGCCCCCGCUGCUCAGCACCACCAGCCUCACUCGACUGCUGCUCACCCUCCUGCGCAGGCUCAGCAAGCCCCUCCUCCUAUGGCCCCUGUUCAGCAGAGCUCUGGUCCCGGACUCUUCGGCCAGAUGGCUUCGACCGCAGCUGGUGUCGCAGUUGGUUCCUCUAUCGGACACGCCAUCGGCAGCCUGUUCAGCGGUGGUUCCUCCAGCAGUGCCCCCACUGAGGCCCAACAGGCUCCUCCUCCCGCUCAGGCUCAGCCUAUGGACAAUGGAUUGUGGCAGAGCAGUGCCACCAACAGCUCUUGGGAGACUCCUGCUUGCGAGACCGACGUUCGCAACUUCCGCAAGUGCCUGGAUGAGAACCAGGGCAACAUGACUAUUUGCGGAUGGUACCUUGACCAGCUGAAAGCCUGCCAGGCUGCUGCUAAGCAGUAUUAA